GCCUGGGCUGCUCCUGCUCCUCAUGGCCGCCGCGCCUUGGGCAGCGGCGCGGCCCCGGCCCGUCGCCCCCGCCGGUCCGCCUCGGACCAACGUGGUGCUGGUGGUCUGCGAUUCUAUGGAUGGACGCCUGACAUUUCACCCAGGAAACCAGACUGUGGAUUUGCCUUCCAUACAUUUCAUGAGCAGAUCUGGCACCAUCUUUCUCAAUGCCUACACCAACUCCCCCAUUUGUUGUCCUUCCCGUGCAGCUAUGUGGAGUGGUCUUUUCACUCAUGUAACAGAAUCUUGGAACAACUUCAAAGGCCUAGAUCCAGGUUAUGUGACAUGGAUGGAUCUGAUGGAGAAGCAUGGCUACCACACACGGAAGUACGGGAAACUGGACUACACUUCUGGACAUCAUUCAGUAAGUAACCGUGUGGAAGCCUGGACCAGGGAUGUUGACUUCCUGCUGCGGCAAGAAGGGAGACCCAUGGUAAACCUGACAGGGGACAGGAAGCUUGUGAGAGUGAUGAAGGCAGACUGGAAGAACACUGAUAAAGCUGUGAGCUGGAUCAAGGAAGAAGCCAUUAACCUCACUCAACCCUUUGUUCUUUACUUGGGGCUAAAUUUACCACACCCAUAUCCAUCACCCUAUGCAGGAGAAAAUUUUGGAGCUUCUACGUUCUUGACAUCUCCCUAUUGGCUCCAAAAGGUAAAGUAUGGAGCUGUGAAAAUUCCCAAGUGGUCUCCUCUCUCAGAGAUGCACCCAGUGGACUAUUACUCAUCUUACACCAAGAACUGCACAGGAGAGUUUACAAAGGAAGAAGUGAGAAAUAUCAGAGCAUUUUAUUAUGCUAUGUGUUCAGAGACAGAUGCCAUGCUGGGUGAGAUUAUUUCAGCUCUGAGAGACACCAAGCUGCUUCAGAAGACAAUGGUUAUGUUCACUGCAGAUCAUGGAGAGCUGGCCAUGGACCACCGGCAGUUCUACAAGAUGAGCAUGUAUGAAGGCAGCUCCCAUGUUCCCCUCUUAGCUAUGGGGCCAGGUGUGAAAGAAGGGCAGCAAGUACCAAAUAUGGUCUCUCUUGUGGAUAUAUAUCCUACCAUGCUUGAUAUAGCAGGAAUUCCUGUGCCACAGAACCUCAGUGGGUAUUCUCUUAUCCCUCUGCUACGUGGAGAGGCUGACAGUGGAGUAUCAUCCCCCAAGGUGUCAGCUCGGCCCCCCUGGGUGCUGAGUGAGUUCCAUGGGUGCAAUGUGAACUCCUCCAGCUACAUGCUGCGUGCCGGCCGGUGGAAAUACAUCGCCUACGGGGACGGCUGCUCCGUGCUCCCACAGCUCUUUGACCUCUCUGAAGAUCCAGACGAGCUGACAAAUGUUGCAAUGAAACUGCCAGGCGUAGUGCGUUCCUUGGAUGGGAUCCUCCGCUCCGUAGUCAACUACCCAAAGGUUUCUUCUGCUGUUCAAGAGUAUAACAAAAGGGAGUUUAUCACUUGGAAACAAAGUUUGGGUCAGAAUUACUCAAAUGUGAUUGCCAACCUUAGGUGGCAUCAUGACUGGUUACAGGAACCCCAAAAAUACGAGAGUGCAAUUGACAAGUGGCUGAGUCAAAGUGAGUAGUGACCACCUAGAUUUAAUAUCAUGGGAUGCUUUGGGUUGUAAAGGACCUCCAAAGGUCAUCUAGUCCAUCCCCCAAGCAGGCACAUUCUCCAUCAGAUCAGGUUGCUCAGAGCCUUGUGGAGUCUCACCUUGAGUAUCUCCAGGGAUUGUCUCGGUCCGGAGAGGGAAAGAGACUCAGUUCUUUUGAAUGUUCCCAUGUUAUGAAAUGAGAGGCACAGACAAGGCCAAAAUAUCAACAGCCCUUGAGACUAUUUAUGAACAGAAUAAA